AUGACUAGUUGGGUGUUACGCCGGUGGGUCCGGCUUGCACUGGUGAUUAUUAGUGCUACCCAUGUGAAAUCUGAAACUCUGACACCUCCAUACUUUAACUUGGCUGAAGGAAAAAAUAUUACGGCCUCAGCAACAUGUGGUGUGGAUACAGAAGGUCCAGAACUGUAUUGUAAAUUAAUUGGUGCAAAUUCAUUCAAUGAAUUAAAUGUUAAUGUUAUACAGGGACAGUAUUGCGAUUAUUGUGAUCCCCUGAAUCCUGCGAAGACGCAUCCUCCUGAGUUUGCUGUAGAUGGAAUUGAUACAUGGUGGCAAAGUCCUCCAUUAUCAAGGGGAAUGAAGUAUAAUGAAAUCAAUUUAACAAUUGAUUUGGGACAGGAAUUUCAUGUUGCUUAUGUUUAUAUUAAAAUGGCAAAUUCACCAAGACCUGGUCUUUGGAUUUUGGAAAAAUCUGCUGAUUAUGGACGAACUUUUACACCUUGGCAAUAUUUUUCUGAUUCCCCGAAUGAUUGUGAAAAAUUUUUUGGAAAAGAAAGUUUGUUGCCAAUUACAAAAGAUGAUUCUGUAAUUUGUAGUACCGAAUACUCAAAAAUUGUUCCUCUGGAGGGCGGAGAAAUACCCAUAUCCCUUCUAAACAAAAGACCUUCCGCAAAUCAUUACUUUAACUCUACUGUUUUACAAGAGUGGACCCGUGCAACCAAUGUAAGACUAAGAUUUUUACGAACUAAAAACUUACUAGGUCACUUAAUGUCUGUGGCCAAAGAAGAUCCAACAGUUACAAGAAGAUAUUUUUAUUCUAUAAAAGAUAUAAGCAUAGGAGGAAGAUGUAUGUGUAAUGGUCAUGCUCAAACUUGUGACAUUCUUGAUCCAAAGGAUAAUAGAGUCCUCUUAUGUCGCUGUCAACACAAUACUUGUGGUGCUAAAUGUGAUUCAUGCUGUUCUGGAUUUGAACAGAAAGCUUGGAGGCAAUCUAAACACAAUGAUCCAUUUAAAUGUGAACCCUGUAAUUGUUUUAAUCAUAGCAAUGAAUGUUAUUACGAUAAGGAAAUUAAUAAAAAACGCUCAUCUCUUGAUAUUUUUGGCAAAUAUGAGGGUGGUGGUGUAUGUCAAAAUUGUCAACAUAAUACUGAAGGAAUAAAUUGCAACAAAUGCAAAGAUAAAUUCUUUCGCCCUAACAACAAACAUUGGAAUGAAACUGAUGUCUGCCAACAUUGCAAUUGUGAUAUAAUUGGAACUAAAGAUGGAAUCUGUGACAAACAAACAGGUCAAUGCAUUUGUAAAAAAGGUUUUAGCGGAGAUAGAUGCGAUAUUUGUUCGUUGGGAUAUUACGGAUAUCCUGACUGCAAACCUUGCAACUGCAGCAAAGUUGGUUCCCAUGGUACUACUUGUAGUGCUACAGGAAAAUGUUCCUGUUUAGGAAACUACGCUGGAAGAACAUGUGAUCAAUGCAGUCCUGGUUAUUUCAAUUUUUCGGAAUGCGAAGGAGUGUCACCAAUUAAAAGGAAAAAGUUGUCAAAGGAAAAAGUUAAAAAAGUAAAAAACAUUAUUUCAACAACAUUUUUAAAAGAACAAGCUCAAAGUUCACAAGAAGAGGGCAAUUAUGAACAUGAAUGUGAGAUGAUCAAACAAUUAAAAGAAAAGUUUGCAAAAACUAACAAAAGAAGUGAAAAAAUUCUAGUGUUAUCCUGUCUGCCGCAGAGUUGGACAAGAGCUAAAAUGCAAAAAGAAUUUGGUGUAUCGCAAUACAUGGCCCGUAAAGUAAAAAAAAUAGUUAAUGAAAAAGGAAUUCUGGUGACCCCAAACCCCAAACCAGGAAAAGUCCUUGAUGAAAAUUUGGCCCAAAAGAUAGUAGAAUUUUACCAAAAAGAUGACAUAAGCCGGAUAAUGCCAGGAAAAAAAGAUUUUGUUGCCAUUAAAAAAGAAGGGGAGAAGCAGCAUAUUCAAAAAAGAUUAGUUUUGGCCAACUUAAGUGAGGUUUAUGCGUUGUUUAAAAAGGAAUAUCCAGAUGAAAAAAUUGGAUUUUCAAAAUUUUGUGAACUUAGACCAAAAAAUUGUAUACUAGCUGGAAGAAGCGGAACCCACACAGUUUGUGUGUGUACUUUACACCAAAAUAUGAAGUUGAUGAUCAGCGGGUCAAAAUUAAAUUUAUUUUUGGACAAUAACAAUAAACCUUUAGGGAGGGAUUAUCGCGAUUUUCUUUACAAAAUAAUAUGUAAUCCACCGGCAGUCGACUGUUUUUUAAAUAAAUGUGAGCUAUGUCCUGGAAUAGGCCCUCUUAAAGGUUUUCUAGAAGAAAAAUUUGAAGAAGAACUUAUCGACAGUAUAACAUAUAAAAAAUGGGUGUCAGUUGAUAGGUGCACAAUGGAAACCAUUGUUAAAAACACCGAUGACUUUUUAGAAGAAUUUAGCGACGAACUGUUAAAGUUGAAGUCACACGCGUUUAUUGCCUUUAUGCAAAAGGAACACUACAACGAUAUCAAAAAACAUCUUAAACAAGGAGAGAUACUAAUAACCUGCGAUUUUGCCGAAAAUUACAGUUUUGUCAUGCAGGACGAAGUACAGUCCUAUCAUUGGAAUAAUGCCCAAGCAACAAUUCAUCCUUUUGUUAUAUAUUUUAAACAAGAGGAAACUCUUCAAAAUCUUAACUAUGUAUUCAUUUCCAACUGUUUAAAACACAACACAGUUGCAUUUCAUUUAUUUUUGACACACCUCAUUCCUGAUUUAAAACAUAAAAUCCCCAAGCUUUUCAAAAUUUUUUACUUUAGUGAUGGAAGUGCAGCUCAAUAUAAGAAUAAAAAAAACUUUACCAAUUUAGCAUUACAUAAAAAAGACUUUGGACUUGAAGCAGAGUGGCAUUAUUUUGCCACUUCACAUGGCAAAAGUGCAUGUGACGGGUUAGGUGGCACCGUAAAGAGGCUUGCUGCCAGAGCAAGUCUUCAGAGACCUUAUGAAGAUCAGAUUAUGACUCCUUUGCAGCUUUUUAACUGGAGCCAAGACAACAUUACUGGCAUUAAUUUUAAAUACUGCAACGAAGACCAGUAUAUAGCCCAUGAAAACAUUUUAUCAAAAAGAUAUUCAAAUAUUAAAACAAUUAAAGGAACACAAAAAAUUCAUAGUAUAACUCCUAUCUUAGAAACUUGUAAUUGUGAUACCUAUGGUUCAAAUGGAAUAUCAUGUAAUGGUGAAGGAAUAUGUGAGUGUCUAGAGAAUUUUUCGGGCCAACAAUGUAAUACUUGCAAAGAUGGAUUUUAUAAUUACCCAGUAUGUGAAGACUGUAAUUGUCAUCCUGCCGGAGUAGUAACAGGUUUUGCCGGAUGCGGAUCAGUAGCCCCUGGAGAAUUAUGUCAAUGCAAAAACCGUGUAGAAGGCCGUAUCUGCAAUAAAUGCAAACCACUGUAUUGGAAUUUAAGCCCCCACAACCACGAGGGAUGUCAAGAAUGUAAUUGCAACGUUGAUGGCGUAUUAGGUGGAAUAGCUAUUUGUGACUCAAAUGCUGGACAAUGUAUAUGUAAACCCUCAGUUAUAACAAGAGAUUGUGCCAUGUGUAUAGAUGGUACCUAUCAUUUAACAGAAGAUAAUUUAUUUGGUUGUGUAGAUUGUGAAUGUGAUGUCGGCGGUUCCAUAAAUAAUAGAUGCGACAAGACUACAGGUAAUUGUGUAUGCCAACCUCGAGUAACAGGCCGAACUUGUAAGGAACCACUUCAGGCUCAUUAUUUUCCAACAUUAUAUCAAUAUCAAUAUGAAGUUGAGGACGGAUAUACACCUGAAAAUAAUAAAGUGCGUUAUGCCCAUAAUGAUAAUAUUUUUGCAAACUAUUCCUGGAAAGGUUAUGCCGUAUUUUCAGAACUACAGGUAAAGCCAUUAAAAAUAUUAGAUUUGUUUUUAUCCCGUAUAUUUUAG